AUGCCUCUCGUGACUCAGCUGAAUCGAAAUUCACCGACUGUUCAAAUUGCCUCUGUUCUCCCUUCGGCUGUGUUAUCUUCAACAAAUAAUCAAUGUUCGUCAUCUGGAUUAGGAAUGCACAUUCCUUCUGAUUCUUCGAAUGUUCUAAAUGUUCAAGGAGUUAAUCUGCAUUCUCAUUCUGUUUUGAUUCCUCCACCUAAUUCAUCUCCUCAAGAUCCUUCGACUGACCGACUUCUGCCAAAAACUCAGAUCCAGAUUCCUGGAAGAGAUUCUCAAGUUCCUCUUGUUACAACGAAUGCUCAAAAUCCUUCUACUACUCAAAUUCCUUCAUCUCCAAUUCUAUUUGGUUCCUUGAAUGCUACAUUCAGUGCUGAUAAGAGUACUGAUAUUGGAGCAUCUGCUGCUGAUAAACUGAUUACUGAUCCAGUUCCACAGGAGAUGAUCAAUGUGUGUAAUAUAGCAAAUGCUGCUUUGAUUAAUGAUGUUGUGGGAGUUGAGGCUUUCAUUAUAAAGCCUGGAUCAGCUGAUGACAUUAAGGGUAAGGAGUUAUUAAGAGAGAUGAAAAUUCAGAAUCCUUAUUCUUUAAUCAUUAAGGCUGUUGGGAUUCUUAGCAUAAGUAAUGGAAUGCAAUUGAUUGCUCUCAUUGGCAGACGGAUGGAUUUCAAGCUGGAAUUUGCAGUUUUCCUAUAUGUGCAUUUCUUAUGCUCAAAACUUGGAAUGGCUUCCUGCAGCUACUAA